CGACCCCAACUGCAGGAGGAAGCAUCACUAUUCUAUUCCUCGUUCUAACGGCAACCGACACACAACCGGCAGGCGCGCCAAAUGUGCAAGUCCAAAUGCGUGGUUAUUCAUCUCCUCUCUAACGUAGACUAGCUUAUAUAAGAUAAAUUCAUUUAAUUUCAGCAGUCAUUUUGGAAGAUAAAAAGGCUUUCAACGACGGCAAGCAGAACAGAAGAGGUAGCUUAUUUGAUAGCGACGCAUCAUCCCCGUGUUUUCUCUCUAGCUCGACUCGAACGCCUUGAACGUCAGCUCCGUUCCAUCCAGAAUGUUGUCUGCUGAUUGAAGAAUCCUUGCCGCCCUGCUGUGCUGCUCAUGUGUUCUGGGUUUCUGACGGACCGUUCUGACUUCUUGAGCCGUAUUUAUAUUGACUGAACUGAUAAACAUUCGUCAUUCUAACAUUGAUCGGAGUGGACUGGAGUCAGAGGCUGACUGGAAAUACAUUUUGCCCUCACACCAUCGUAACGCAUGGUGGGAAUUGUGCAUCUUUUCAGUAUCACACUGAGAAGUGCUCCACUAUGCCCGACUCACCUGCGGAUGUGAAAGCACAAUCCAGGUUAACUCCAACCACCAUGCCUCCUCCUCCUCCAACCACCCAGGGAGCCCCUCGAACCAGCUCCUUCACACCUACUACAUUAACCAACGGCAACAACAGCCACUCCCCCAAGGCGUUGAACGGAGCGCCUUCGCCACCAAAUGGCUUCAGCAACGGCCCUAGCUCCUCCUGCUCUUCCUCGCUGGCCAAUAAGCAACUCCCUCCAGCGUGUGGCGCCCGGCAGCUCAGCAAGCUGAAACGCUUCCUCACCACACUACAGCAGUUCGGCAACGACAUCUCGCCUGAGAUCGGAGAACGCGUCCGCACUCUGGUGCUGGGGCUGGUGAAUUCAACGUUAACCAUAGAGGAAUUCCACUCCAAGUUGCAAGAAGCGACCAACUUCCCUCUCCGACCUUUUGUCAUCCCGUUCCUGAAGGUAAGUCGUAUUUCACAAGGAGGGACGACAGACACACAGCCAGAUCUGGAAACCAUUUAACCAGCCGCAGAGCUG